GAGAAGCAGAACUUUUGACAGACGUGUUGCUAGCUUUGAUAAUGUGUAAACAAAAAUAGCGACUCUUGUGUUAAAGACUAACUGCUUCCAGAUAUCAUAGGAGUUGAUUCAUUUUGUUAUAAACUUUUCCGGUGUAUCAGCUUCGAAACUUUUUCGGAAAGCACUUCGGUUAAUUUGCGAAGAUAUAGUUUCCUAGCAUCAAGUUUGAGUCAUUUCGGUUGCCUAGCAUUAGCUUUUCUGACUUGGGCUGACGGAGUGGAAUGGCCACAAGAAAACCGAAGCAUGAUGAUGCCAGCCUUCCCUUUGCUGCUCUCCAGCUGCUGGCCCCGCCUGUUCGCCUGGUGUCUGCAGCCCUCUGGAAGGUGAUGAAGCAGAGGGAUGUGAUGCAGUACGGGGUCCUGGAGCAAUUUGUGACAUCGGCCUGUGAGACUGUCCCAGGGCUGCUCACUGUGAGACACCAGGGCAAGCUGGCUCUUGGGCUGAGAGGACGGUACAUCUUGGAGCUGUGUUUGACACAGGCGGAUGAAAAGGUGAUAAUGACAAAUCUGGAAAGGAUCCGUGCUCCUGCUGCCCUGACACUCUCCUCUGCUGCUACUGCGAAGAGAGAUGUUAAAAUUGUUAAAACAGCUGAAAGUUUCCACUUAUUGGUUCAUACUCUGCUGACAGACACAGAAGAGCGAGAACAUUUUUUCAGGGAGGAGUUUCCUGUGGAUUAUGGUCCAGAAUUUGACCGGGAGCUGGAGAAGCUGUUGUGGGAGUUUCUAAUUCGAUUGGACCAGCUGCUUCCUGUUCCCAAUCUAGCUCAGACUGUGUCGUGGCUCAGUGAUGCCCCUCCUGUCCUGGAGGAGUGUGCGCGUGCAGCCACCCAACCACAGCUCCUGAAGAUAUUGCUGCAGCAUCAAACCUGUCUGGGUCAUCUGGAGACAGCAGCCUCCCUUCCUCCAAACAUGGGAGACUCCAUCCUGGAAUCACUCUCACUGCCUCCUUCUGGAAGAGUCCCUUCGAAACAAACACUGGGAGAGAAAAUAGUCCCUAACAGCACACAAACACAAGACAAAACACAGUUUAUUGCUCCUGUUUUAGGACUUAUAACUAAUGAAGACGUCCCAGUUAUGAUUUCUGCCAGUAAAAGGACACAAAGAGGUGAUGAGCUGGCCUGUUCAGAAGAUGCUACAAAUAAGCACUUGAAGUUCACAGCAGUAAAACAGAGGGAAAAUGCUAAAGCAGGUGGAGUGAAUGAAGAGGAGCAAAAUGCCUCAAUAAGAAGCAAUGCAAUGAAACGUAAGCAGCCUGACAGAAGAGACAGUGGGUCAGAGGAGGAAGAGGAGGUUUUGGGUGUGACGAGGUCUGGGAGAAGGCGGAUCAGUGGGAGUUUGAGAAUUGGAGCAAGGAUACAAGGGAAGGGGAGAGAUACGCAGAAGACAAAGGACAGCCAAGAAGAUGGAGCAAAAACUCAGGACCAGGAUGCUUUUGCAUCUUGUAAGAGCUACCAGCCCAGAGUUGUAAUCCAUAAACUUCCUGAUGGCACAUCUUCAACAAUACAGCUAAACGUUAACAAGCAGAGGAAGUCACCGGUUAAAGCAGGAACUUCUAAAAACACAAGAAACCACGCUGAAGAGCCUGACUGGGAUUGUUCUGGCCUGACCGAUAAAGAAAAUCAUCCUGUAAUGAGCAUAAGCAUGUCCCCCUCUCAGCCACGGAGUAACACAGAGACGUCAUCCCCGUCAGGAGACGCUGAAGACUACGUAGCUGAUUCAGAGGACGAGGCCACAAAGAACUUUAAAGGACGGCUGUUCAUGAAGCGCUACUACAAGACCAAACACGGCACAUACGUUCCCACUUUGAGGGAGUACCGGAAACCUGGGAUGUCCCCGCGCUAUCUGUCAUUGGCACCCAGCAAACGCAGAUGAGGAAACGGGUGAUAAGUUUGUCAUAUGCCAGUCUGUGGUCAUACUGAACUGUUUUAACAUCCACCUGCUGCAGACACAAACAAAAAAAUCAAGUGCUUGUUACUGUGGCCUGUGUGCUCAUGUUUUUCUCUGCUACUGCAGAUUAAUUUGGUCUGUUUUAACUUAGAGUUUUGUCAUCAUGGAAAACAAACUGCAUUGCCACUGAUUAAAGGCACUUUCAUUUAUACUGUCUAGUUAGCUGGCCAAUAGUUGUUUUUUUUUUAAUUGCAGUCUUACUUUCUACUUGAAUUUAGUUCCAUAAAAGUGUUAUUGGAUUAUAUUAUGUAUCUGCAUGUUUAAUACAGAUGAUUACAUAUA